UCCCAUGAUAAGGCGACCAUUCAUGGCCAGCGGAUGAAGUGGAGUCUCAGUUCAAUCGAAACCAUCGUCCGGAGAUGAAACUUUUGUUUGCUCUUGCGUUGCUAGUGAUCGUAGAGUUAGCGGGAUGUCAAACUUCGAAUAGAAACGUUUCCAAUAAAGAGGCAUCCGAGGGUGAUAUUUGCGACGCCGGAGAUCUGAUCGGUCGUUGCGUGCCAUCGAAGGAUUAUCCCGAAUAUGUUGCGAUAUUGAAGAACCCGUUCAAAACCCCACAGGAAACGGAGUUUCUGUACUCCCGGUUCUGCGGCUACUCAUCGACAAGGAAAGUGCUCGUAUGUCGACCGGUGAAAAUCAAUGAGUCGCAUUGUGGUAGACAAUUUACGGAUCGGAUCGUGAAGGGCAAUCUGACGGCACUGGAUGAAUACCCGUGGAUGGCACUGUUUCAGUACAAGAAACCCAAGGGUUUUGGAUUCUAUUGCGGAGGAGUGCUGAUCAACAAACGGUACGUUUUGUCGGCUGCUCACUGUUUUGUAGGGCUCAGAAGUGGCUGGGAAGUGAUCAAGGUCAGACUCGGUGAAUGGGAUGUUGAGUCCGAUUUGGAUUGUACCGGGACAGGCAAUGACCGGAGUUGCGCUCCUCCGAUUCAGGAGUUCGACCUGGAGCGAAUAAUACCACAUGAGGGUUUCUCGGUGAAGAACAGUAACAAAGUACACGACAUUGCACUGGUGAGGCUCUCCAGAGAUGCGCAGUAUAGUAACUUCGUAGUACCGGUUUGCCUUCCAGAGCCAGGUUGUGUGGCCAAUGCAAAGCGACUGAUGGACGGCGUACUAGUUGCAUCCGGUUGGGGAAAGACCGAAAACUCAUCUGCCAGUCGGUACAAAUUGUACACGAAGCUUCAUUGUUUCAACUAUGACGAUUGCAAAGCGAGCUAUGCCAGAACAAAACGUAUUGCACUAACCGAAGGUCAAUUUUGUGCUCAAGGUGAUAGUGGGCAAGAUACGUGUAAUGGUGACUCUGGAGGACCCCUGAUGAAACAGAUUGGGGAACAGGCUCGAUACUAUGUCACUGGUGUGGUCAGCUUUGGACCAUCCAAAUGUGGGGAACAGUUACCGGGAGUGUAUACCAAAGUGGAGCACUACUAUAAGUGGAUAAUUCAGAAAAUAUUGGAAACCUCUUGAUGGUAUGGCAAAGAUGUAACUGAACUUGUUUUAAGGUAUUCAAGAAACACAUAAAGGGUAAGUUCAAGGUAUUGACAUUGUUCAUUGAAUAAAUAGUGUUAUUAUUUGUGUUAGU